AUGUCUCAAGAAAUUGUCGAUAGGGUGCGGAACUAUCUGUCUCCUAAUAUUCCAGUUACACCAAUUUCGCAAGGUGCUGAGGCGGUGGUAUUUACUACAUCUGUGCAUCCAUACCUUCCCGAAAAUUGCAACUCUAAUGAGAAGUAUAUUAUCAAGUACAGAUCUCCUAAAAGGUAUAGACAUCCAGUUAUUGAUAAGUCAUUAACAAAACACAGGACACUCGGUGAAGCAAGACUUUUAUCUAAACUCUAUACCAUUGAAGGUUUACAUGUACCGAAGCUAAUAGCAUGUGAUGCUUACAAUGGUUAUUUAUGGCUUGAAUUCCUGGGAGAAGAUCUUCCUGAAAAUUUUGGAUAUAGCAAUCUUAAGAAUUUCCUAUGGAUGUACGAUGCAAAGAAUGAUCCGUAUUGCGAAGUGGUCAAGAGGGCAUUGAUUGAAGUUGGAGAACAAAUUGGUAAACUACAUUGGAACGACUACUGUCAUGGUGACCUAACGAGCUCGAAUAUAGUAAUGGUUCACUCUGAUACUGAUUCACACCAUUGGGUACCCCAUUUAAUUGAUUUUGGCUUAGGGUCUACCACAACUAUGGUAGAAGAUAAAGGUGUGGAUAUAUAUGUGCUUGAAAGAGCUAUUUUGAGUACACAUUCACAACAUGCCGAACAGUAUAUUGAAUGGAUGCUUGAUGGUUUCAAAUCGGUAUACGAGAAGAAUGGCAAGUUAGGUAAAAAGAAACUCGAUGAGUUACUGAAGAGGUUUGCAGAGGUGAGACUUCGCGGAAGAAAGAGAAGUAUGAUAGGCUAA